AUGACAUCCCGAGUGCGGAACGGUGGCGCUCGUGGCGGCGGGCCGCCUGGGCUGGGGGUUACACCAGUGCCCGGGACUGUUGAGUUGCCGGGGGACAGCAGCGACGAGGACCUGCGAAGUGAGCCGGGACCCAAACGGCGGCAGGCAGAAGGCGGGUCGCCCGCUAAGAAGAAGGACAGCAAGGGGAUUACCUUGGGCGACAUACAGCAGCUCCUUGAAAACCAGAGCCGUGUCCUACAGGACCAUCAGACUACCCAGAUCCGAGAGGCGGUAGCUGAGUUGCGCGAAUCGACCACAGCACAGUUCAAGAAAGUCCGGGAUGAGGUUGCUCGACAUGGGGAUUAUAUCGAGCAGCUUCGUGACCAGGGGGACAAGCCCGAGCGCAGGAUUGAGGCCUUGGAGGCUCGCGGAGGGCAAAACUGGGGCGACGAUGGGGCCGGAGACGGCCAGGCGGGCAAGAACCGGAAGAACCUCAUCAUCUUCGGCGGCUGGGGACCGGAUGCCCACCGAGACGUGCUCCUUCCGGAGCUCAAAGACCUACUCCAGAAAGUCAACCUCUUGGACAGCUUUGAAGACAUCUUUACCACGGGACCCCGUCGAGGCAAUGCACUGGGGCUGGUCAGUCUGUUGCCUCAGGAGACAGACCAGGCCCUGAAAAGGCGACUCACCAACACUGUCCAGCCCAUCAGGGGAGCUCAGGUAGCGGGGAAGAGUAUGGAGCAUGGAAAGAACCUUUGGGCGGCCUUGUCCAAGAGUAAAAUCGAGCGCCUUCGGUCCUCGCAUGCAGGCAAGCUCAAACGCCUUGUCCUUGAAAUCAACGAGCAGGAGAAGUCCCGGAUUGAGGUUGAGUGGAAUGCAGGGUCUGUAUGGUUGGGCGAGAAUCUCAUCGGCAGCUGCACCAGGGCCAAACCCACCAUGGCGGUGAUGGACGACGGCAAGACUCCGGGAUCUUGGGAGCUUCGUGAAGACACUGAAUUGGUGGACGGAGUUCACCGUGAAUUCAUCCCGUUGCAGGGGCCAGAAAGUACUUGCGAGAAGCGAGACCUCCUGGGUGCACCCCCUCCUUUGAACCACGAUUCCGGUGGCCACCCGAGCCCCGGGGGCUGUGUGACUGACCUGUCACCCGAAACGGAUGACCGGCCUGGGUCGCAAGUUACCUUCUUUUCAUGGAUCAUCGGUGGCAAACCUGUCAUCGAUGCACUUACUUCUAUCGAAAACUCCACUCGAGUACAACCUUUGCAAGAAUGUGUCAUUGCACUCCAAGAGCUCCCAAGAGCUUCACCGGGGUGGAAAACUACUACCGAGCAUGGGGGCAAAGUCCUCUUGCAGUAUAGAGACGAUGAUCUGCAGUGGAGGGGGAAUGGGAUCCUGUUCGACCCAACAGUGUUCCAGUGCCUCCGGCGUAAAGCCUGUAAACUAGGCAUCUGGGCGAAGCUCAGGCAUAGAAAAUCGUCUACGGACCUCUGGGUUGCCUCUGCCCGCCUCAGCACCGGGGUGACCGACGACAUCACGGCGCAGGAGAUCCAGGAGUUCCUCAAGUUGCGGCCGCCACUGCCAAACCGAGCAGUUCUCCUUGCAGACUUCAAUACCCAACUCAAGUGGGCGUCUGCGGGUGGCAGUGUUGGCAAACCCCAACCGACCACAGGGAGAGCAGACUACCUCACCUCGGAGCUUGAGACCAGGGGGUACCAGCUGUGCCCUCCGAAACCUCCGCAAUGGGAUGUCCCGACGAGUCGGCCGAGAAGGAGAGGGGCGAGAGGUCGACAGAUUGACGGUGUCGCGGUUGCGACCUUCCCGGUGACGGAGAUCCUCAUUGAGUCCAAGAGUUAUGAGCAGAUAGGCGGGGACCAUGACCGCCUUCACUUCAGUCUCCUGCUGUCUACCAAGGGCGAGCCAGUAGGACAGGACACCUGCACCCGCCCGAGGCAGGUUUGUGGCGAGCCGGGACCUCAGUCGAGCUUUACCCAAGCCACACUAGAGGACCUGGCGCGAAGAUUCACCAGACCUUCCCCAGGCAAGAGAUACCGUGACCCUGCGGCAGUAAAGCAGCUUUAUAGGACAGCCAAACGUGAUGGGGGCGAGCAAGCAUGGAAGGAGGCCCACAAGGCUCGCAGGAUGGCAAGGGACUUAUGGCACAAAGACAAAGUCACCAGAGCGAGUACGGGGGGUUGGAAGGAUUUUCGUGAUCUGCAACAGACCCACGGCCAGCUGUGGGCAGUUCCCUUGUCGGAAGAAGCCUACGAGAGAGGCGAGGAGCCACUCCGAUGGACAAUAAAUCACUUUAAGCAGAUCUUCGCGGCCCCGCCAGGGGAACCUCCCAACCCCACCUGGGACAGGCCAAUUGAGGAGGGAUCACCCCCCUUCUCGAAGGAAGAGCUCCUAGAGGCCAUCGCUAAGGGCAAGAACUCCAAGUCAGUCGGCCUUGACCUGACCUCCUACGAGCUGCUCCGGAAGCUUGUUGCAGAUGAACCAACACUCGAAGCUCUCCUACUAUGGCUAGAAGAAAUACGCAAAGGACAGCCUAUCCCUGAAGCAUGGCUGCACACGGUGGUCACCUUACUGCCAAAAACUGCAGCUCCAGAGAGCCCUUCGGACUUAAGGCCUAUAAGUCUAGGCUCCACCAUUGGCAAAGUUUUUGGCCAGCUACUACUACGCCGCACCCGUGAAGCCAUCAGACCAGUGGGGCCGGAACAGUGCGCUCACUCAGGGCGCCAAACCUGCGACUACCUGGGAUCGGCGAUCCGUAUUUUUCAAUUGGAGACUGAGUGGAAAUGGGGGCUGCACUGGGUCAAACUUGAUAUCAGCAAGGCUUUCGACUCAUUGAGCCGGUCCCGCGCCCUGACCCACCUGAAGUCAAACCUGCCUGAUCACAUGUACCAGGAGUACCACUGCUGGGAGCGGCUCCUAGCCCCGGGAGUGGCCACCAUCCGCACCCCGUGGGGAGAAGGCCGCGUGAGCCAGACUAGGGGUAUACGCCAGGGGGCAGUCGAAAGCCCGUGGCUUUUUGGGGUCGCGAUGGAGUGUGCCCUCCAUGAAGCUCAAAACCACCCUCAAUGGCCGCGGCAGCUAGGUGCCGCUCCUGACCUGUCUAUACAUGAGCUCUUGUUCAUGGAUGAUUCGCUCUCAUGGAGCGGGAACAAGCGUGACCUCGGCCUCAAAUAUCAUAUCCUACGAGAAGCUUUGUCCCGAUGGGGGCUACAGGUGAACCCAAAGAAGACAGCCUACUACCAGAGCCCUUAUGUCACAGAGAAAGACCCUAUCUGCCUUGAUGGGGUAGACAUUGAGCCCAGCUCGAGUAUGGAGGUCAUGGGGGUGGUCUUGCAGGUACCUCUCAAGCCAUCCAGCCUCCUGAACUCAGGGCUGGCCAAAGCCAGAAAGAAAUACUUUGCCUCCAGGCACAUCUUUGAGUGCAGGGGCCCGUUGAAGGAACGACUCAAGACAUUCCAGAUGGCAGUGGGAGGUGCUGCAUUAUGGUACGCGGCUGCAGCUCCACCAUCCCCACAAGCCUUGGGGGCGGCCAAUGCCCUACAACAGGAGCUGGUCGCUAGAAUGGCUGGGUUCAAGAGGCGCCCCGACGAAACGUGGCUCGAACAUCGGCUCCGUAGCUUCCGGGCCGCCCGGCAGCUGCUCCAUAAUCAUGGACAGCCGAGAUGGAGCACCAGCUGGCUCAAGAGAUAUUGGGGUUACCGGGGGCAUGUUGCGCGCAGUUGGUUCAGAGAAGCUCCGCCGGCAAGUGCGGUCCUAGACAGGUAUCGCACCUACACCUGGUGGAGACAAGAGAAUCGGAUUGGUGACGGGAUUAGGCACCCCACAUGGUUCUUCCCACAUCUUACAGGUGAGGAACAGAAGCUUAACAGAGCGGCAGGGCGCAGUGAUUGGAGGGAAGCCGCUGUGGACACAGCCCAGUGGCGAAGCCUGGAAGCAGAGUGGCUCCGUAGAGAAGAUGUGCGUUGGACCAGCGGGCGGCAGGUCUCGCUCACGGACAGUGCAAUGACACCACCAUCACCGCCACCCCCUCCACCGGCGGUUGGGGGCGAAUGA